AUGACAGUAAACCAGGGAAUCAAAAUACAUCUGACAAUCAACAAGGACCAGGGACUUAACGUGGACCUGACAAUCAACAAGGACCAGGGACUCAACGUGGACCUGACAAUCAACAAGGACCAGGGACUCAACGUGGACCUGACAGUCAACAAGGACCAGGGACUCAGCGUGGACCUGACAAUCAACAAGGACCAGGGACUCAGCGUGGACCUGACAAUCAACAAGGACCAGGGACUCAACGUGGACCUGACAAUCAACAAGGACCAGGGACUCAACGUGGACCUGACAAUCAACAAGGACCAGGGACUCAACGUGGACAUGACAAUCAACAAGGACCAGGGACUCAACGUGGACCUGACAGUCAACAAGGACCAGGGACUCAGCGUGGACCUGACAAUCAACAAGGACCAGGGACUCAACGUGGACCUGACAAUCAACAAGGACCAGGGACUCAACGUGGACCUGACAAUCAACAAGGACCAGGGACUCAACGUGGACCUGACAAUCAACAAGGACCAGGGACUCAACGUGGACCUGACAAUCAACAAGGACCAGGGACUCAACGUGGACCUGACAAUCAACAAGGACCAGGGACUCAACGUGGACCUGACAAUCAACAAGGACCAGGGACUCAACGUGGACCUGACAAUCAACAAGAAGCACAGACUCAACAUGAAACAGAGAAAGAGAAAAAAAAAAGAGAAAAAAGAGAAAAAAAAGAAAAAGAAGAAAAAGAAAAAAAAGAAGAAAAAGAAAAAGAAGAAAAAGAAAAAAAAGAAAAAAAAGAAAAAGAAAAAGAAGAAAAAGAAAAAAAGUUAAGAAAACCAGAUAGGUUAGAUCGGUGAAUAUUAAGAAUGUACAUUAUCCAACUGAAUGGUGUCGAUGAAAUAAGAGAUGCAAAACAAUGUAGUGAAACAUAAUGAGAAAAUACAGAAACAAAUAGAGGAGGUAAAGUAUCGGGGAAGAGAUUAAAUAUAUUGAAUGAAAUAAAUACAAAAAACAAGACAAGUUUUUAUGUGAAAGUAAUAUUCACAAAAAAAGGAAUAUUCAAGGGAAAAAAAACCAUAAUUUAGCAUUACCUCUUCUGAAUUUUAAAAGGCAAUAAUUAUAAAUAUACACUUACCCAGUCCUUUUAUACUAUAUGUUGAUCCAACCAUAAUGACAUGAUCUGAAUAAUUUUACAAGUGAAGCAUAAGAACUAAAAAAGAAAAAAAAAAAACAUUGAAACACUCAUUCAAAAAA